CCGAGCCGCUGGCUCACCGUGUCUUAGUGCCGACUUGAGUCUGGAAUGUCGUCUGUGCUGCCCGUGUUUGGGGUAAGUUUUCCAACGAAAAUGAAUCGAUAAAUCAAUCUGGUGGUCGUCAUGACUUGUCAGAAAGAAAUGGAGUUUAUGGAGUAUUGUGGAGCCUUUUCAUCGGAACUGCAUGAAAUAAAGGUGUGGCAGCCAGUCACUUCUUGCUAUGCACAGAACCAUAAACAUCAAACACAGAAUUGUUAGACGUGUAGACAUAGGAAAAGCUCCUCUUGCUACUUUUGAUACGAUAGACUUAGGGGAUGAAGACAUCAAGUCCAAGCACAGCGCCACCAAGCGAGCUGCCUAUGGCCGCCAGCAGCUGCUCCAGGGCCUGAGUACUCACCAUACAUUCGAUCAAGAUGGAAGCUUAAAAACAGAAACCAUAGGGGGAAAUAAUUCCAAGAAAUCCCUGUCUCAAGCAGGCGGGGAGGACAAAGAUGCCACGAAGGACAUCGAGUCUGCCAAAAACACAUCGGAGGCAGGUGGCGAGGUCAAAGAUGUAGGCAGCGGCAAGGAAGCUGAUGGAGCGACUAAGACAGCCGACUCUAGGACCGUGGAAAGAAGCCCUGAGAUCAAAGUCUCAAGUGAUCCCAAGAAGAUAGAAGGGUCACCUGGGAAGCCUUCAGAAACUGCGGAAGAUAGAUCAGAGGAGGCUCCUGCUGUCGCUUCUCGUCAAGGUACUCUGGGAAGGGUGAACAUUCCCAUCAGAAAACAGAAUUCAGAUUCUUCUUCCAGUUCUGGAUCUGGUGAAGAGCAGCAGUCACAUCAUUUCACAUUCCAAGCUUCGCGUCCUUCCAUCGGUCACUUUGAUGCUACGCCUGACCAGGAAACCCCUAGUCAAGAGGCUCCCUUGGAUGAAAGAGACAGUCACUGCACGCUUUUGCCGGAUAACAUUGAUCCAAGCCAGAUUUUGUCUCCUUCAAAGCGGAAAGCAUAUGAGAGGCGCAUUGAAAGGUUGAAAGUUACAACAUCUCCCAUUGCUCGCCCCCGAAGCACCGCGCCUAUUAGUGUUGUAACCCUUGAUGAAUAUGCAAAUAUCAGCUCUCCGGAGAAUUCUCCGGCCUCUCCUUCCAUCCUACAAGACAAGCUAAAAAUUACUCUUCCACCGGACGAAUUCACAUCAAAGCCCAAAACUCCACGGCUACACAGCGCACGACGGAAAGAUUCUGAUGACACAUGUUUCGAGUUCACUGAAGAGAUUCUUUUCAGUCGCAGUAAAUCUGCGCUUGUAGUGGAAGAGGAUGGUCUUCUUCCCCCCUCACCCCGAAGGGUACUGAUCCCUCCAACACUUACACCCACCUCCUCUCCCAAACUAUCUUCCGAUACCCGGCUCAGUUCCGAGUCGCUGUCUGAAGAAGCUGUCGGUGGUACCACUCCAAAGCUAAUCUACAUUCAGCACAACAAAGCAGCGCACAAAAUAUUUGGGGACACUGUGGAUGAGACAGAUGAGGAUAAUUGGGCCAGCUUUCCGGAUUCCUCAGUGCCUGACGGAGAUAAGUCUGAGUUUGAAACUGCUGAAAAAGAAGAGUUGAAAGAAGCACGUGACAGUGUUGUUUGUGAGUUGGAGAAAGGUCUCCCUGAUGCCAAUGCCUCUGUCUCUCACUCUUGUUCUGUGGUAAAAGGGACAGGACUCCCUGCUGUUGGUGGUUGGGAUACAUCUAGUGAAACUGCUGUUGCUGCUGAAUCUGAAGUCAGCUUUGACUUGCCUCAGAAUCUUAGCGAAACCGUGACAAUAUCAGAGGGUGGAGAAGCUUUCCUUUGUGGGACGGGUAGUGGUGGGGAUGCUAAAAGUGUGCUUCCUGAUACUGAUAACAAUGAACUGUCUUAUUCUGAGUUGGCCGCGUUUGUAGAACCGGCAGGUCAGGAGUCUGCGUACACCACAGGGGUGUCUCAGGAUUUGCUGACAGGGCAUGGGGCUCCUUACCUACCCCACCCCGAGUAUGAAACAGAAGAAAUUCUCAUGGUAGAAAUCCAUGAGGCUGCUGAAGGUUGUGAAAAAAGAAUUGAGAUUGACGUGAGGUCAAGCAACAGCAGUGGAAGUUUAACCCCUGAGGGUCCAGACGCCACAUUUCUGGGCUCACUGGGCUCCAAGAACUUGGCUGCUGUCUCUGGCAACAGUCUCAAACCAGUCCCAGACCUGAACAUUCAGCCAGCAGUGGCCGAUAUAGAACAUGAUAAUGAUAUUCUGGUUCCGAUCUUCCCACCUCAAAGUGUCACAGGUGGCCAGCAACUUGUGACAAAUGCUUCCUCUAGUCAACAGGACGUCCUUGACCUGAACUCAGUACCCUCCCAGAGCGACACAUUGUCAAAAGAUGAGCACAAGUCUGUUUCACUAAUAGACCAGGAGCUCGGUCUCGCCCAUUCACAAAACCUGCCUGCUUUCAGCUCCAUCCCCCUUGCCCCAAGCCCCGCAGCCCCUGGUCUGAGUCUGCCAUCUGUGCUGGCCGAUGACCCGGCCCAAGCUGGCCACCAGGACCUGGACGAGUGUGGACUAGGACUACUACAGCCUUUUUCCAACCCUGUCUGUGAGAACUUGAGUGCGUCCAGUGAUUUAAUCGACUUUUCUUCCUCCCUGGAUGACCCAUCUGUGCAGUAGUGGACAAUAGUGCAUCAUUUGGUGAGUUGCAUUUCCUGUAUUAGAAUUUGCUA